AUGGCUCGCAAAACCGCUCAGAAAACCACCAAGCCUUUACCCUUGGAGGGUUGCUCAAUUGCAACCUCUGGUAAAUUCCCUGGCACUACGCAAGCAGCGCUGGCCACACGCAUCACAUCGCUGGGCGCUACCGUUGUCUCCAAGGUGACCGCCGACACUACUUUUUUGAUUGCUACAGAAAAAGACUAUGAGAGCAAUUCUACCAAAGUCAAAUCGGCAGCUUCCCACAAUGUGCCAGUUGUGAAGGUUGAGUGGCUCGAUGAGUGCGUAUCAGCAGAUAAAAAGGCAGAUGAGGCUCAGUUCUUGUUAUCCUCAUCUCCAAACUCGACAUCCGCUUCUCUGCAAGCGGCUAAUGGCUCCAAGAAGCGUCCUGCAUCGGCUUCUAGCCCAUCGCCAGUCGCUCAAGAUGCAUCGCAGCCGAAGAAGCCGAAAAUCGACCAGGACGCCAAGGUAGGAGAUGGUCAGAACUCAAAGUCGAAGAAACUCGUCAUCUCAGUUGAUGAGUACUGCCCGGGUUCCUACGAGGUCUACAUAGAAGACGAUGGCACAAUCAUGGACGCAUCACUUAAUCAGACUAAUGCCUCUGCUAACAACAAUAAAUUCUACAAAGUUCAAUUGGUGUGCAAUGGUGCCCGUUCAGACUUCAAAACAUGGACACGAUGGGGUAGAGUGGGCGAACGUGGCCAGAGUUCGUUGCUCGGUGAUGGAUCAUUGAACGACGCAGUCAAGAAUUUCGAAAAAAAGUUCAGAGAAAAGUCUGGUCUCAAAUGGUCGGAUCGAGGUCUAGAGCCCAAGACGGGUAAAUACGCCUAUAUCGAGCGAUCGUACGAUCCUGACUCUGACGACGAGGAGGAUGCCAGCAGUAACGUUGACGCCAACGCCGAGGAGUCCAGGACAAAACCAACUAAAUCCGCCCUCGAGCCGCCCGUGCAAAAUUUGAUGAAGCUAAUUUUUAAUCAAUCUUAUUUCGAUGCAACCAUGACUGAACUCAACUACGACGCGAACAAGCUUCCCCUGGGAAAACUCAGCAAAGGCACGAUUGCACGGGGGUUCCAAGCACUUAAAGAUCUAGCUGUACACAUCGGUGGAUCAGGUGUCCAAUCUGGAGCAGAAGUCGAGCGAUUGUCUAAUUUGUACUAUUCUGUCAUUCCUCAUGCCUUUGGCCGCAAUCGUCCUCCGAUCAUCCACGACAAUGAUCAUCUUAAAAAGGAGAUUGAAUUGCUUGAGAGUUUGUCAGACAUGAAGGAGGCGGCAGCAAUGUUGAAGAACACCCUCCAGGAUGAUGGCGGCAUUCAUAAACUAGAUAAACAGUUCCAGGGCCUCAAUAUGAACGAGAUGUCACCCAUUGAUCACAAGAGCGAAGAAUUCAUGGAGCUGGAAGCCUACCUCAACGACUCUAAGGGUGCUACGCACUACAUGACGUACAAAGUGGAAGACAUUUUCCGAAUUGAGCGUCAAGGGGAGUUCGAGCGAUUUGAACAGAGCAAAUUCUCAAAGAUUGCCAGUGAACGUCGCUUGCUUUGGCACGGCUCUCGAGUGACCAACUUUGCAGGUAUUCUCAGCCAAGGUCUCCGUAUUGCGCCGCCCGAGGCUCCAGUGUCUGGCUACAUGUUUGGAAAAGGCAUCUAUCUAGCUGACAUGUCUUCUAAAUCUGCAAAUUACUGCUGUUCGUACAGUUCUGGCGGCACAGCUUUGUUGCUGCUAUGCGAGGCUGAGCUAGGAAAUCCGAUGUACGAGUUGACCAACGCGUCCUACAACGCCGACGAGGAUGCAAGAGCGAAAGGUAUGCACAGCACGUGGGGAAAGGGCAUGAUGGGACCAAGCAAAUGGAAGGAUGCAAAGAGCGUGAAUCGAGCCUUGUCAGGUUGUAUGAUGCCUGACGUGUCAGUCACUCCGGGGCCCACAAACGUUCCGAACGCAUACCUGCAGUACAAUGAGUACAUAGCCUACGACGUAGCCCAGGUCCGCCUUCGGUAUCUCUUCCGUGUCAGCAUGUGA